CGGCGACUGCUCGGAGUGGUCGGCCGAAUCGCGUCCGUAGUAAACUGCGCCUGACGUCAGCACCGCAUCGUAUUCCAGUUUCGCAGAUCAUAAAAAUGGUAACAGAAAGUGAUUCAGUCGUGUGAGAUAUUCCGUGGCGGCGUGUCACUCCAUGGUCGUGUGAUCCCGCGGUACAGCGGCGUGGAUAUCGCGCGUAUUUAACCCACGUGCGUCGCGUUUACCGGUAUACGCGAUUGAUUUUUUUGCGGAAUGGGCGAGGAAUCUCAGGCCAGCGAUGGCAAAGUGGUUUUAAAACGUAAAAUAACAUUGUUUAAUGGAGUUGGGAUUAUUAUUGGGACUAUCAUUGGUUCCGGUAUAUUUAUAUCUCCAACAGGAGUAUUCAAAUACACUGGGUCCGUAGGCGCGUCUCUCAUAAUAUGGCUCGCCAGUGGCCUGUUGUCCACAUUGGGGGCUCUGUGCUACGCAGAGCUGGGGACCUCCAUCACGAGGUCUGGAGGUGACUACGCGUACAUCUACACGGCUUUCGGCCCACUGCCAGCGUUCCUGCGCAUGUGGAUAGCUCUGCUCAUCAUCAGACCGACGACUCAAGCAAUAGUGGCCCUUACCUUCGGCCAUUAUGUUGUGAAGCCAUUCUUCCCUGAAUGUAACCCUCCUGAACUGGCUGUCAAACUCCUUGCUGCGGUUUGUUUAUGUGUUCUCACAGCGAUCAACUGCAUCAGCGUGCGAUGGACGAUGCGAAUACAAGAUGUCUUCACCUCGUCGAAACUAUUGGCUUUGAUCGUCAUCAUUAUCUCUGGCAUCUACUAUAUCUGCAUUGGUCACACCGAAAACUUCGAUGGAGCCUUUGAGGGAAAAUUCAGCGCUGGCAACAUCGCUCUCGCGUUUUAUUCAGGACUAUUCGCUUUCGGAGGGUGGAAUUACCUCAACUUCGUCACUGAAGAAUUACAGGAUCCUUACAAGAAUUUGCCCCGAGCGAUAUGGAUCGCUAUGCCCAUGGUGACUAUUAUCUACGUGAUGGCAAACUUGGCCUACUUUGCUGUCGUUACGAAGACUGAAAUGAUAUCAAGUGCUGCGGUGGCUGUGGUGUUUGGUGAUCAACUAUUCGGUGGAUGGAGCUGGAUGAUUCCUGUGUUUGUGGCACUAUCUACCUUCGGUGGAGUCAAUGGUGUGUUGUUCACAUCCGCAAGACUGUUCGCGACUGGUGCGCAAGAGGGACACAUGCCUGCCUUCUUCUCGUUGUUCCACAUCAAGAAACAGACGCCUAUACCUUCGCUCAUCUUCACUUGUCUGUUCUCCCUCCUGAUGUUGACAACCAGCAACGUGUUUGAUCUCAUUAACUACUUCUCUCAAACGUUGUGGCUCUCAGUAGGAGCCUCAGUAGUCGGCAUGCUGUGGUUGCGACGCGUCAAGCCCGACAUCCCACGACCCAUAAAGGUCAACAUCAUCAUACCGUACGUGUUCCUCAUAGCUAUCGCCUUCCUGGUCAUCAUCCCAGCCAUCACCGAACCUAAGGAUACCGCUAUAGGUAUAGCCAUUCUCCUCUCUGGCAUACCAGUUUACUACCUGUGCGUCAAAUGGAAGAGCAAGCCAGAGAUGUACCAUUCCUUCUCCAGUUGCAUUCUAAGGUUCCUACAGAAACUUUGCUCAUGUAUCUUCGUAGAAUCCUCUGAAAGAAUGUCGAAUUGAACUUCGUGAUUGACACAAUCUGAAUCAAGAUUGCGUUUGGAUUCAAAAUGUCGAAAUUGAUAUAGUUUCGAACAUAAUUGACGAAAUAUGUAUGAAAAAAAUAUAUUUACAUGUAAAGGACCAAUCAGAUAUCUAAUGUAAACUAUUUCGAGAUCGUUAUUUUUACCCACACGAUACUGUGAUAAAUAUACGUCUGCAACGUAUCCACAUUUUAAACUUCAUAUGUAGGUCCUGUCUUAGCGUACUUAUUGUUCGGUGUUAUUCUCCAAUAGUAAUUGUCUAUUUGUCUACACAUGUAGCAAGCCAGUUUCAUAAAUAAAAAGUUCUUUCAAGUUUAGAGCGAUAUAACAAUUUGGGCAAUACUAAACCAAGUCAGUAUUUACAGACGAUCUGAAUGAUUUGAAUUACUAGAUUAUUGUAGUAUUGAUUAUUGUCUGGGAGAUGCAUAACCUGAACGCGCGAAUGUAACCAAAUCUAACUCGGCCAUGCUGACAUUUGAAGUGAAUCCGUUCAACUUAUGGAACUAUGUUUUGUACAAGCCACGCUUACUCAAUGUAUCUUUUAAAUGCAAGCGAUGUUACCUCUAUAAACUUACCUGAUUUGUAUUUAUAGGUAGGUUCGUGUUCGUUGCUCUCUGUUCUGAAUAUCUACUUUAUUUAAAGUUGUAGACGUUAAGAGCUUAUUUAUAUUUUAUCAAUGAUAAGGUACGGACAUUCCUACAAAGCACUGUUUUUAUUAGUCCUAAAGUUUAGGCUGUAUUUGUUAGUUUUGCUACGUUUUUUUUACAACUGUUUUGAGAUAAUGUGUACUCAGACUUUUUGUAGUUACUAUUUAUUAUUACAUUUACAUAUUAUACAUUAUAAAGAUUUGAAUAAAAAGGUUUAUGACGUAUUUAUUAUAUCUCCUGAAGUAGGUAGUUAUAAGUAUAAAUAAAAACGACUGUCAGUGUCUUAUAACUUGAUAAUAUCAAAAAGUGUAUCCAUAUUGAUUGAUUAGAAAAAAAAUAAUAAAGAAAAUCUACAAGCAUACCUACUUAUUGCAUUCAGUACAUCUGUACUGAUAGGUACAUUAUCUGGCAUAUAUACCUAUUUAUAAAUGUUUGCUUAAGUAACUACAAAUGAUGGUUUAAAUAAACUUAUAAGUACUUGACUA